AUGCUCCAACGCCUGUUAACUGUUUCCAGACAAAUAGUCCGUCCGCUUCUAGUCAGACUGCUUACCGUCAAAGGCUGUGUCUUCAAAAAAGAAUGCACCUCUCAAGGCAGACAGUGUCUACUUGACAAGUCUGCUCGUUUCCAGAAAAGACACCAUGCCAUUUCCACCGACGGCAGAAAAAUCGAGGAUCUCAUCGACCACAUCUCCGACAGCCAAUAUUGCCAGAUCGCCGACAACUACUUGGAAGAUCUCAGCGACAGCCUAGAAGAGUUGGGCGAGUCGUACCCACAAAUCGAUGUGGAGCUUACACAAGGAGUGAUGUCGUUGACAGUGGCUCCUGGCAAAACUUAUGUCAUCAACAAGCAGCCUCCCAACAAGCAGAUCUGGCUCAGUAGUCCUAUCAGUGGGCCCAAGAGAUAUGACUUGAUUGGCGGGAAAUGGAUCACAUUGAGAGACAACACUGCGCUCACAGACUUGCUCCGGGAAGAGCUCAACGACGAACUAGAAUGUGAGGUGGAGUUGAGCGUGAGCAAUUAA